AUGGAAGCACGGAGAAUUGCUAUAAGGCUGCUUCUCCUCCUAGCGGCAGUUUAUCUAGCGUCAGGAAAGGGAUAUGGCAGUAAAAGUGGUGGACAUGGUGGUGGCGGAUACGGAGGCCACGUUGGUGGCUACGGAGGUGGAAAAGGUGGCGGCGGAUAUGGAGGUUAUGGUGGUGGAUACGGGGGUGGACAUGGCGGUAGCGGAUAUGGAGGUUAUGGUGGCAGACACGGUGGUGGUGGAGGAUAUGGUGGUUAUGGUGGUGGAGGACAUGGAGGUUAUGGUGGUGGACACGGCGGUGGUAUAGGAUAUGGUGGUUAUGGCGGUGGAAGCUAUGGAGGUUAUGGUGGUGGACACGGCGGUGGUAUAGGAUAUGGUGGUUAUGGCGGUGGAAGCUAUGGAGGUUAUGGUGGUGGACACGGCGGGGGUAAAGCAUAUGGUGGUUAUGGUGGUGGAAGCUAUGGAGGUUACGGUGGUGGACACGGCGGUGGUAGAGGAUAUGGUGGUUAUGGAGGUGGUAAGAGUGGUGGAGGAUAUGGGAAGAGCGUUGGAGGUUACGGAGGUGGUAAGGGUGGUGGAGGAUACGGAGGUGGUUAUGGUGGCGGCGGUUACGGAGGUGGAGGCUAUGGUUAUGGCGGAUUAUAUGGAAUUCUCUGUCAUUACCCCACUCAUACUUCUGUUAAAACCCACAAUAGUUAUGGGGGUGGAUAUGGAAGUUAUGGGGUUAAAGUGCCGGUAUUUACUGUGCUUGGGUAUAGUAAGCACAGUGGGGGUUAUGGAGGAGGCUAUCACUGA